UUUGACAGCUCCUUCGUUCUUUCUGCCUCUGUCGUUGAAUCCAAACUUCCCCCAACAAAAUACACCAAACUUUACUUAAAACCCUUCCUUCUUCUUCCUUCACAUCUUCUGUGUCCCACAUAACAAUAAAUACUCCAUAGUUUCUACACACACACUACGAAAAAUCCACACAUUAGAAUCAUUCUCUAUAUAUACUCCAACUUAGUUUUCUUCCAACAACAUAUCUUCUUUCAUUUCUUCUUCUCAAUUCUCAUACCAUACACACACAUGUUCAUGGCUUCCUCAACAAAGAACCUAGCAGAUUCAGCAUCAUGGUGUUGUGCCUUAGCCCUUUUGUGUCUGAUUCUACUGGGGUCUAUAAGGGAGAGCCAUGUGCCAGAGGAGGAGGAGGAGACCGCGGCGGUGAAAGGGCGGAGCAACCUCUUUGAACGGCCGUGUGAUGAGAUAUAUGUGGUGGGAGAAGGAGAGACCCUACACACCAUUAGUGACAAGUGUGGUGACCCUUUUAUUGUUGAAAGCAACCCUCAUAUUCAUGACCCUGAUGAUGUUUUCCCCGGCCUUGUCAUCAAAAUCACCCCCACUCAUAAGCUCAAGAGGUAAAAAUAAAGGUUUUGGUGAUGAAAGAGAAGAAGGAAAAGGAAGAUUGAAGAAGGUAGAAGCGGCAAUGAGAAGAAACUUGAGUUUGAUUGUUUGUUUGAAUGACCAUAAUAUGGAUAAGUGCGACUUUCUGGUUGGAGCUCGUGUACUAUAAUAAUAUAAAGAAAAAUUAAAUAAAAAGUUACAGAGGCAUUCGUUGAAAUAUACUA